GUCAGAGCGUCGCACACUGCUCGAUGCCGUGUCAAGAUGGCGGUCCACUUGAGCAGGUUCGUCCGGAGAGUCGUCCGCCUUCUUCCCGCACACUGCGGCGUUCCCGCGGCCGCUGGCUCCCGGCUGUCAACUGGACGUUGGACGCCGCCGUCAUGUCGUGGUUUAAGCCAAGAAAGCGGAGAGACAAACACUCACUUCGGUUUUGAGAGCGUCCCAGAAGAGGAGAAGGCAAAGAAAGUGUAUGAGGUGUUUGAGAAUGUGGCCCAGAAGUAUGACAUCAUGAAUGACGCCAUGAGUCUGGGGAUUCAUCGACUGUGGAAAGACGCGCUGCUGCACGUCAUGCACCCUCAGCCUGGGGCGUGCCUGCUGGAUGUGGCGGGCGGAACAGGUGACAUCGCAUUUCGUUUCCUGGACUAUGUCCAAUCACAGAAGGAGCGUCAGACGAGGCAGCGGGCGCGCUCCAUGCAGUCGCCGUCGUGGCAGGACAUCUCGGACAACUACUCCGGACAGAAAGACUGGGAGGGGGUGGAGGCGGAAUGCAGGGCGGUGGUCUGCGACAUAAACAAGGAGAUGCUGAAAGUGGGCAAGGAGAAAGCUGACUACAUGGGCGUCAGUGCUGGUCUGUCAUGGGUGGUGGGGGACGCAGAGGAGCUGCCGUUUGACGACAACCAGUUUGACAUUUACACCGUCGCCUUCGGCAUCCGUAACGUCACCCACAUAGAGAAGGCCCUGCAGGAGGCGCUGCGUGUCCUAAAGCCAGGCGGAAGGUUCAUGUGCUUGGAGUUCAGCAAAGUAACAAAUCCUGUACUGGCAAAGCUUUAUGAUGCUUACAGCUUCCAGGUCAUCCCAGUUUUAGGAGAAGUGAUUGCUGGAGACUGGAAGUCCUACCAGUACUUGGUGGAAAGCAUCCGCAAGUUUCCUGCCCAGAAUGAGUUUAAAGAAAUGAUGGAGGAUGCAGGUUUCUUCUGUGUGCAGUACCACAACCUGACUGCAGGAGUGGUCGCUCUUCACUCGGGUUUCAAGCUGUGACGUCUUGAUAAAAAAACACACAGAUCCAUGGACUGGUUCCUUGCAUGAGGCCUCAGUUCCUGUCUGCUCAGGUCGGAGGUCAGUCUACGUUAUUAUAUUUUAAAGGCCUACUGAAAUGAGAUUGUCUCAUUCAAACGGGGAUAGCAGGUCCAUUUUAUGUAUCAUAAUUGAUCAUUUUGCGAUACUGCCAUAUUUUUGCUGAAAGGAUUUAGUAGAGAACAUCGACAAUAAAGUUUGCAACUUUUGGUGCUGGGAGUCGCAGACAAUGACGUCACAAGGGUGAGGGCUCCUCACAUUGUUUUUAAUGGGAGCCUCCAGCAGCAAGAGCUAUUCGGACCGAGAAAACGACAAUUUCCCCAUUUGAGCGAGGAUGAAAGAUUCGUGGAUGAUAUUGAUAGCGAAGGACUAGAAAAAAAAUUAAAAGCGACUGCUCCGAGCGGGGGCAGUGUGAGCGUUUCAGAUGUAAUUAGACACAUUUACUAGGAUAAUUCUGGAAGAUCCCUUAUCUGCUUAUUGUUAUAAUAGUGUUUUAGUGAGAUUGUAAAGACAUACCUCGAGGUCGGAUGGCUGCGGUGAACACGCAAUGUCUCAGUGAGAAGCCGAGGAGCCAAGCUCACAGCUGCCUUUUAAACAGCUACUGCAGGAGGACGAAUAAUCCAAUGAUGUCUGCGGUAAGAUAUAUAUCACAAUUUUCCCAUCCAAAAACAUGCUGGUUGACGUAAAGAAACAUGUUCGCUUGACCGCUCUGUGUUAAAAACAAAGAAACACCGGCUGUGUCUCGGUGCGAAAGGCAGUUGCAAUACACCGCUUUCCACCAACAGCAUUGUUCUUUAUAGUCUCCAUUAUUAAUUGAACAAAUUGCAAAAGAUUCAGCAACACGGAUGUCCAGAAUACUGUUUAAUUGCGCGAUGAAAAGAGACUACUUUUAGCCGCAAAUGGUGGUGCGCUAAUAUUUCCUGACAGUCCAUGACAUCACGCGCACGCGUCAUCAUUCCGUGACGUUUUCAACAAGAAACUCCGCGGGAAAUUUGAAAUUGCAAUUUAGUAAACUAACCCGGCCGUAUUGGCAUGUGUUGCAAUGUUAAUAUUUCAUCAUUGAUGUAUAAACUAUCAGACUGCGUGGUCGGUAGUAGUGGGUUUCAGUAGGCCUUUGAAGCGCAUUCAUGAGCACCAGCAGCCAAAACAAGUGCAAUGUGGACUUAUGACUUAUCCAACUUGUCUUUCAGUUGUAAUAAAUGAAUGUUACUUAUGUAUUUUAUUAUUAGUUAAUGUAAUAAAUGUUAUUUUCAUGAA